AUAUUUUUAGCACUUUAUAUAAUUGCAAAAUUAUUUCAUUAUUUUAAACCAAAACAAUUUAUUAGUUCAUAUGGAAAGGCAGUACUAAUUACAGGUUGUGACUCGGGUUUCGGUAACCUAUUGGCCUACAGUCUAAAUGAACGGGGAUUUCGUGUUUACGCCACAUGUCUUGAUCCGGACGGCGAUGGCGGACAAGGAUUGACCAAAAAUAGUAGAUUUACCGAUCAAAUGGUUGUACUGAAAAUGAAUGUUACCGACGAUGACAAUGUACGCCAAGUGUACAAACAGGUUACCGAUGAUCUCAAUGAAAACAAAUGCCAGUUGUGGUCAGUGGUCAACAAUGCCGGUUAUAUGAUUACCAGUCCUGUCGAGUGGGGACUACUGGCCGACUACGAGCACCUGUUUGAUGUUAACGUGUUUGGUGUGGUUCGGGUCACACGUGUAUUCCUGCCAUUACUUCGGGUAUCAAAAGGUCGUAUAGUAAACAUGUCGUCAACAAUGGGUAGACUAAUACUCGACAACUAUAGCGCCUAUUGUAUGACCAAAGCAUCGGUACUCGUGUUUUCCAAUGCUCUGAGACUAGAAAUGCAAAGAUUUGGUAUACGAGUGGCCACUAUAAUGCCGGGAGCUUUCAAAACUACCGGACUGUUUGCCGCAACAAUAGCUUCGAUGGACAACAUUUGCCUGAAUACUGACCAGUCGGUCAAAUCGGCGUACGGACAACAAUACUAUCAACAGUGGAAACAGCAGACAACCAAUGAGUUGGUCUCGAAGAUACUCGUGGGAACCGAUUCCUCUAUUGUGGUCAACGAUAUGAUUGAUGCCGUCAUGAAUACCGUUCCCCGCAAUAAUUACGAACCUAUCGGUAGUUUAGCGUUUCAAGUGUUCUAUCGGUUAAACAAUAUUUUAGGCAAAAAUCUAUUGAUUAAAUUGUUUUCUUUAUUU